AUGUCCUCAGAUUAGAAAGAAGAUCCUUAUAUAGAAACUAAAAAGGAUUAUAUCCAAUAAUGCUUUUAACUUACUAAAUUUUUGUAUUAAGCUUCUCAAUCGUCAAAUGAUUAAUUAAAAGGAAUUUUACUCACUACAUUACCUGAUAUAAUAAAUGAUGAAGAUUUCUAGAAAGUUGAUCAUGCUCUUAGAAAUUCUUUUAACUAAUUGAAAGAAGAUACAUAAAUGAAUGACCAAUCAAAAUUUAUAACUAAGUAGCACAUUGAAUGUAUAUUAAAUAUGAGAAUAUUGAAUAAAGAUAGUAUUCAAUUAUAAAACUACUGCAAAAAUAUGUUUUAAGAGUUAGAUUCUUGA